UCACCAUUUAAGGAUACGAAGGUGAUAUCAUGCUACGCGCUGGAGACGUCAAAAAUAAAGCGCGACGCGAUGCAAAUUGCGUGCAACGCGUUGAAACUAUGCCAAGCUAAACUCGUGUGGGAUAAACGGUGCGUGGGAUCCGUUCUAUUGAUAUCCGAAAAAUGUGCUUUAAUGUUGCUUAUCCAAAAUUACAAAACGUAUACUUUGCAACAUUCUCAUUGUCACAUUUUUUGAAUCGAAAUAGCUCGAUAUUCGAUAAUUAUUUAUUGCUUAUUUAUCGUUCAAAUCAUUAAAGAAGAACGUAUCGUAAUGACAAUUUUAUCGAGAUAGGCUAUCAAAUCGUAGACAAUACACGAUAACGCGAAGAAAAGUGUGAUUGUUAUGUACAAUUGAAACUUUCGAAAGUAUACGAAUGCGUUUGCGCGUAUUUAUAGAAUAAGAUACAUUUACAAGAGUUCCUAUCUCUCUCUAUAUAAGGCAUAUAUGUAUUACAGAACGCUACAAUAAAAUAACAUUCUCGCGCAACGCGUGACGGAAAAAGAAUGCUGCGCAACCUGUGGACCUUUUGCGUCCUGUCACCGGUCAUCCUGGUCUCAGCACUGGAGAAUGGCUUGGCCAGGACGCCUCCAAUGGGAUGGUUAGCUUGGGAAAGAUUCAGGUGUAACACUGACUGCAAGAAUGAUCCUGACAACUGCAUAAGUGAUCGUCUCUUCAAGACUAUGACAGACAUAGUGGUGGCUGAAGGAUAUGCCGCAGUGGGCUAUGAGUAUAUUAAUGUGGAUGAUUGUUGGUUGGAGAAAGAAAGAGAUGUAAAUGGACAGCUUGUGCCAGACAGGGAACGGUUUCCAUAUGGCAUAAAGAGUCUGGCAGAUUAUGUGCAUUCAAAGGGUCUCAAGUUUGGUAUCUACGAAGAUUAUGGUAACUAUACUUGUGCUGGCUAUCCAGGUAUAUUGGGCUAUUUGGAUAUAGAUGCAGCUACAUUUGCAGCGUGGGAUGUAGACUAUGUAAAAUUGGAUGGAUGCUAUGCGCAUCCUAGUGAAAUGGACAGAGGCUAUCCUGAGUUUGGAUUCCAUUUAAAUCAAACUGGAAAGCAGAUGAUAUAUUCCUGCAGCUGGCCUGUCUACCAAAUCUAUGCUGGUAUGCAGCCGAAUUAUACUGCGAUCUCGGAAAACUGUAAUCUCUGGCGUAACUUUGAUGACAUUCAAGACUCGUGGGCCAGUGUGGAGAGUAUCAUCGAUUAUUAUGGUAAUAAUCAAGACGUAAUCGUGCCUAUUGCCGGCCCCGGACAUUGGAAUGAUCCGGAUAUGUUAAUUAUCGGUAACUUUGGACUAAGCUACGAGCAGAGCAAGACACAAAUGGCGAUUUGGGCUAUAUUAGCAGCGCCGUUGCUCAUGUCCGUCGAUCUCAGGACGAUCAGGCCAGAGUACAAAGCCAUUUUGCAGAAUAAGAAGAUUAUUGCUGUAGACCAAGAUCCGAUGGGUAUUCAAGGUCGACGGAUAUACAAACACAAGGGCAUUGAAAUUUGGGCAAGACCUAUUACUCCAGUUUACCAAAACUACUAUUCGUACGCGAUCGCGUUCAUUAAUAGACGUACAGAUGGUACGCCAUCGGAUGUGUCGGUCACGUUGAAAGAACUAGGACUACAAUAUCUUGGAGGAUAUCGAGUGGAGGAUUUAUAUGAAGAUGUGGAUUAUGGCGUCCUCACACCACAGACCAAGAUCAAAGUUAAAGUGAACCCAUCGGGCGUAGUAAUAUUACGAUGUAACUUGAACAUAGACGAUGCGUUUCGUUACACGCCGUAUUCGCCCUUAAAUCAGAUCUUUAAAGUUAGGCAAAAUUCGUUUAAAUGACCGUAAACGCGCCGUAAAGUAUUAUCGAAUUUUUAUCAGCGUUUUUGUAUAAGUUCUACAUUCUAUAUUAACAUAUUAUAAGAAAGAUUAGAAAUAAAGGAUUUUAUAAACUUUAUUCAAUCA